AUGCUGCGAAUCUCGCUCCAUAUUUCAUUGAACAAGAACAUCGAAUCAGUCAAUUCCAUUGACAUAAAAGCUGGGACUCCAAUUAUUACAGAUGACCUCAAAGUUUGCAUGCCAGGAAGCUACGAGAUCGGUAAACCACUUCAUAACUGUAUCAAAGAUCCGCCACGUGUGGAAAAAUGCAUUCCUUCCGCCGAAAAGACCGAGAAAAAUGCGAAUGUUGGGCAGUAA